GUGUUCAUAUUAUUAUUAAUAUAUAUAAUUUAAAAUGUUGAAUACUAGAUUAUUAACCAGAUUCGUUCGUCAAUAUACAACUUCAAGAGCUGUUAAAAUUACCCAAAAUGGUGAUCCAACUUCAGUUUUAAAAAUUGAAGAAGAAUCAAUUCCAGCUGUUAAAGGAUCAGAUAUUUUAGUUGAAAUGCUUCAUGCACCAAUCAAUCCAGCUGAUAUUAAUCUUAUUAAAGGUACCUAUGGUACUUCAGUCCCAGUAUCAUCAGUUGCUGGUAUGGAAGGUGUUGGUAUUGUCAAAAAUGUUGGUAAUCAAGUUUCAGGUUUUAAAGAAAAUGAUAUAGUUAUUCCAUCACUUAAUUCACACUUUGGUUCAUGGAGAACUCAAGGUCUUUUCAAAGAAAAAGAUUUAAUUAAAGCACCAGCUGAUAUUCCAGCAGAAUAUUUAGCAACUGUUUCAAUUAAUCCAACUACAGCUUACAUUCUUUUAAAAGAUUUCGUUAAUUUACAAGAAGGUGAUGUUAUUAUUCAAAAUGCAGCAAAUUCAAUGGUUGGUUUAUCAGUUGUUCAAAUUGCCAAAUCUCGUGGUAUUAAAACCAUCAAUGUUAUUCGUAACGGCCCAGAUUUCGAAGAUAAUGUUAAUCGUAUUAAAAAAUUAGGUGGUGACAUUGUUGUCAGUGACAAAUAUAUUCGUACCCCAGCUUUUCAAAGAUUAAUUGCAGAUCUCCCAAGACCAAAAUUAGCCUUAAACGCUGUUGGUGGUGCCUCAGCUACUGAAUUAGUCCGUAUCCUUGGCGAUAAUGGCACUAUUGUCACCUAUGGUGGUAUGUCACGUGAACCAGUUGUUAUUCCAACUUCACACUUAGUCUUUAGAAAUAUUAAAUCCCAAGGUUUCUGGUUAAACAGAUGGAUCUCUGAAAACUCACUUGCAGACAGAACUAAAAUCAUCAAUAACAUUUUCGAUCUCUACCGUAAACAAAACUUCAAACUUAUGAUUGAAAAACACAAAUUCAGCGACUUUGAAGCUGCUUUAGAAAAAUCACAACAAGGUGGUAAUGGAAGAAAAAUCGUUUUAGAUUUACAAUUGUAAAAAAAAAAAAAUUAAAUUUAAAAAUAACAAAUAAUAAAAAAAAAAAAAUAUAAUAUAAUAUUUUAAAUAAUAAAUAAUUAAUAGUAAUAACAACAAUAUAGAUAAUUAAAAUAAUAAUAAAAAAAUAUAAAAUCUUUUUU